GAAUCCUUGGUUGUGGGCGGGAAACCGCACAAGGGGCAACAUGGACGAGGCUGGCAGGGCUACGCAGGCAGACAGCCCUCACCAUCAAGAUGAUAUCACCCCUUUCGCCUCCCCUCCCCGACCAGGUCCAGAUCACCAUCACCAUCACCAUCACCAUCACUAUCACCAAUUUCCUCGUCAUCUUUCUUCACAUCCCCCGUUCCUUUUACAAAAUACCAAAAACAAUUCGACCAAGGAUCUCCUCGUUACUCAAUACCCACAAACCGCCAACCUCAAACGUCAUACCCCAUAGUUCCAAGAACUCGUGGAACCGGCCCCCCUUUUGCAGGCGCAUUCGCCCCAUGAUGCGACCUGCGCAACGCAACACUACAACCGGAUUGACUUGGUCAGUGCAGUGAGGCUCUCCAACCUAUUUUUUGGAGGGUAGUCUCGGCCGGUGACUGGAUCUGCAAGACCCAUGACGCCACGCUUAUCGUCUCCGAAUCACAUUGAUCCUGGUGCACCAGGACUAGGCCACUGUUCAAGCACUUUGAUAUCUGGGAAUAUUGCUUAAUACUCCAACACAAUCCAGUAAGGGCAGGGAUGAAGUUGGGCUUCUCGCUGUUUCGCCAUCGACAGCGCCAUAACAGCGUCUCUUCUACAUGAGUAUCCAUGUUAUACUCUCAUUCUCACAGAUCUGAAGUCAUGCAAUAACGGAGAUGGCGAAUAAAGCUAGCUAUUAUGUAUGCUAUUGCCAUCAGUCAAUUGACUAGCAGAUACAGCGC